AUGGCCACUCCGAUUGAGCACACAGUGGAAAAAGGGGAGAAGAGAAGCUGUUCAGCUCUUUUUGAGCAUAUCCAAUUUUGUGAGCGAUCUAUGAAGAGGUCUGCAUUGAAAUAUCCUUGGCAGCUUGGUUUCAUGGCAGAUCAGGACCAGUCAACACAUCCGAAAGGACCACUGGGUAUGGCUCCAGUUUUGCCUGCUGCUGUUUCCAGUUCAGAUGUUGCAGAAGCAGUUCAUGAAGAGCUGGCGAGUGCAUUUGACGACCAUUGCAGGAGGCUUUACUGCAAGCUGCCUCAGGUGGAAUGGGAUGUCCAUCUUGACUCACAACGCAGUGCUGCCAUGGCCAAGUGGCAUAAAAUUGUGUUGGCUGACCCGAUGUCUUUUGAUGUUUGCAGGAUGCAUUUUCAAUCGUUGAACACGGGACUUCAAGGAGGUAAGCUUCAGGAUGACCUGAGAAAUGUGUUCUCAAGCAAGAGCACUUCCACACUUCAUGGCAGGGCUGGACCUAUGAUGCGAUUUUUGCAUUUUUGUGCAGACAAGCAAUUGAAAGCUUUUCCCAUCACAGAAGAGGUUGUGUAUGCCUUCAUGCAACAUGUGGAACAGUCUGCAGCGCCGACCUUCUUGAGGAGUUUCCUCAGCUCCUUGGGGUUUGCGUUGCACGUGGUCGGUUUGAUAGGUGCCAAACGAGUUUUGGACUCACGGCGCAUCAAGGGCUUGGCCGACAAGUGCUACCUGCAGAAGAAGAAGACGAGAUCCAGGCUGCCGCUGACUGUGGAAGAGCUGACAACUUUGGAAGAGAUUGUUCUUGGCUAUCGAGGUCGUGGUCUUCCAGACAGGCAUGCGGCUGGAUGUUUUCUUUUUAUGGUGUACGGACGUACAAGAUUUUCAGACAUGCUCAAUGUUGGGCGUUUGGAUUUUGAAGCUGGUGAUGAUGAAACCGGGUACAUAGAAGCCCAGGUUGCCAGAUCAAAAACCUCCUUUUCAGUUGACAGAAAGGUCCGUUUACUCCCGAUGACAGCAGCCAUGCAUGGUGUCACAACUGAAUCCUGGGGCAAGGCUUGGAAGACGGUUUUGGAGAAGACCGGCAUCACGGCUGCGCAUGGUAAGCCACUGCUCCCAGGGAGGACUCCUGAUGGUUGGCACACUUUGCCACUUACAGCAGAGGCGGCGACGAGCUGGCUCCGAAGCAUGUUGCAGUCGGGGGAGUACUUCGAGGAGGACAGAAUCAAGUCCAUUGGGACGCACUCGUGCAAGUCGACAAUUUUGUCGUGGAUGGCAAAGUGGGGUUCCUCGCCUGACCUCAGAAGGCUUAUGGGGUACCACGUUGCUGACAAGAUGUCCACGAUGCUCAUCUAUGGCAAGGACAACACCAGUGCUGGCCUUCGUGAAAUCGAUGUGAUUCUUGAAGCAAUCAGGCAAGGUGGGUUUCUUCCCGAUGCAAAGCGAUCCGAGAUGUUUCCUCAUGCGGAGGACGCUGCAAAGCUUCUGGAAAACCAAGACCAAAGCGGUUUUGAAGGCUACUGUUCUGGAAGUUCAUCGGAGGACUCAGCAGACGAGGACCAACCUGAUCACCUGGCCCAUGAAAAAGCAGAGAACGCAGUCCUCGGCAAGUGGGAUGCCGGUGUGGACGUCAGCAAGCUGCCCGAUCAGGCGGUUUACUUCAGGUUGGUCGAACCUGAGUCUUCACAAGCAGCCAUUUUCGUUUCUGCGCAGUCGGGAGCUUUGGAUGAAGAAAACAGACUGACCAGUGCUCAUGAAGAUUUUUCGAGUUGGACUGACCUUGGCAAGCAGUGCAUUCCUAACAUUUUUGGUUUCCCCAAUGCAGAAGAGAGUCAACCUGAAAAUCUUUUGGAGAUGUUCAUGAGCGUGCUCUUUGGGGAAGAGGAUGGUUGCGAUGUCAGUAUAUCUGCCGAGCCGAUUGAGGGUUACAUGCAGUUCAUGAACUUCGUACAACAUGUCAUAGCAGUGGAAGAGUUGUCAACCCUGACAGCCAGUGCGCAUUGCAAAGGUGCGUGCCUUGGAGAUGUGCUCAGAGUACAGAUGUUCUGUGGGGCCCUGCUCAUGUGCAUCUAUUGUCGUGCAAGAUGGAGUGAACUGAUGAGAUCGGAGAGUGUGAUCCUCGAUCAUGACAGUGACAACAGGUUGCAAUUCAUAGAAGCCAGGAAUGCGCUGCAUGGCUGCGCGAGAUUGCCGGGAGCCAAGAUGGUGAACCAGGAGCGUUUGCAACCGGAGUACCAUACAAGUGAAUCCAACGUCAUCCAUGUGAAGGAUGAGUCAGAGGUCGUGAAGUCUCAGACUCACAGGACGGCGUUGAUGCAGAUUCUUCUUCAUCAACUUCAAGUGAGGAGAAAGUCCAAAGGUGCGAUGAUGAUCACAUUAGAUGGAUCUCUGCGUGCCGCCUUCGAUGCACAGGAGAUCAAAUCACAGCACAAUGGUUUUUCCAUGGGCGCACCUCAGAUGCCCCCUUCGGAUGAGCAGUUUAACUUGCUGGCUCAGAGAGUGUUUGGGGCAAACCCGACAGUAGGCCAGAUGUCGGCCAUCGGACGCAUUCACUUUGAAAGCACAACGUUGGUGGUCUCCACAAUAAAGGAGAAGGUCGUGAAUUCCCAGCUGAAAGUAGAGCCAAGCAUCGCUACGUUUCCAGAACAUCAAGAUCGACCAGUUGGUACGUGCCGACCGCGAGAUGUGGACGGCUGCCAACUUAGCACCAGUGGAAAACCGCCGGAAUGCACCGGUGGCCUGCACAUGUGCACCUGCUGCCACAAGGAGGAACACGAGGCAGCAUUUUGCGCAAAUGCCUUACAUGCAACCUCCGUCUCAGAAAGUUGGAUGGACAUGGAAAUGGAUGAGACACCAAGAGGUGACAAUCCAACUGUUUUCAAUGGUGCUGCCGAGGAGCUGGACAAAGGACACACUCGGGAGACGAUGCCGUGGGAACGAGAACCCAUCAAUCCUGUGUUUGCAAAAAGACCCCGUUUGAUCCAGCCGCCAGUGUUUGUUACGAUGGCUCCACCUGAUGAUUCGGAGAUUUCUAUUCCUGUAGCUGAAUCACAAGGGCUGGUGAGAUGGCCCAGAACUACUUCUCUGAUACCAUGGCCGAUUGCACAGGAUAGAGCUUUAGCCAGAGCUCUUGAAUCUUGGAGACUGAUCGUGAUGGACAAUUUGUCAGGGUCCGUAGUUGGCAGGCAGAUAGAAAUAGAAGAAGCUUUGAGAGGUGACUGCAAUGCCAAGUCCAUCGAGCAAUCUGUGAGCGACGCUUUGACUGGAAAGUCAGUGGCAACAUUGCGUGCAAGGUCCUCUUCAUUGCUAUCCUUUGCACGGUGGAAAAAAGGCCUGGACGCUGAGGCCAAAAUAUUUCCAAUCACAGAGCUUCAAUCGUAUAUGUACGUUAAGGAGCUACGUGAACACAAUGCCCCAAGAACCAAGGCAACAAGGUUUUUGGAAGCUGUGUCAUUUGCCUUUCACAUGUUGGGUGCAGACGUCGGUGACACUAUCAGAUCGCCGAGGGUGAGAGGUGCUGCAACAGUUCCAAUGGUCAUUCCACAGAAGAAGACGCCUUUGACAGUUGCCCAGGUGUGCUUUUUGGAGCGUUUGGCAAUGGAUGGCUCUGACUCAGAGGCUAUUUUUGCUGGCUACUUGUGCAUGGUGCUUCACAUGAGGCUGCGCUGGACGGAUGGUCAGUACUGUCAGCAUGAGCCUGUUACUGACUUGCACCGUGAAAAAGGCUUCUUGGAAUGUCAAUUGUACCACCACAAGAACGCUGGCAGACAGAAGCAUGCCAAACGCCUCCUGCCGGCAGCUUGCAACCUUCCUGGACUGUCAGGUUUGGACUGGGCAUCGAUUUGGCUGGAGCGAAGAGCAGCGCAAGGAUUGAAGGCUGGUCCUGGCGUCCCAACGAUGCCGGCACCUCUGGCAGGAGGGGGUUGGGCCUUGGUCCCACUUGAGCCUAGCCAGGCAACAACUUGGAUGCGGGAGAUCCUCAAGAAUUUUGAGCCAAUGCCAUCAAUGGCGGUCAUUGGGACUCACUCGCUCAAAGCAACAUGGCUCAGCAUGAUGGCAAAAGCUGGAUGCGAUGGCGACACACGACGCCUUGCCGGAUAUCACACAGACCCUGGUUCGAAGAUGGCCUUGGAGUACAGUCGUGACGCUCAAGCCCCUGUACUUUUGGCUAUUGAAGCCAUUACUGCAGCAAUCCAGCAUGGGUUGUUUGAUCCCGAUGUUUCUCGGGCACGGCGCUGGCCUCGUGAGGGUUGCAAGUCAUUGCAGUCAGUCAUGUUGUGGCUUGCUAAGUCCAGUGCUGAAGAAUUUUGGUAUCAGGAUCAAAAUGCUUGUCAGAGUGAUGAAAUUUGUGAACCUUUUGCUGAUGGCAGUUUUGGGUUAGUUCAGCAACCGUCGGAACCUUAUUCACCAUCAGUUGCACCCGGUGAAGAGUCUGAGAUUGAAUCCCUUUCAUCGGUCAGUGACAUUAGUGACAGGCCUGUGCUUGGUAGGGACUAUGUCACGUCAGAUGAGGAGCGUGAUGCAGAGGUCGCGGGCCCUAUCGUUGGCGAAGAGCUUGCACAAGCCUUGGAACCUAGCAUCAGCUCAGCAGUUUUCAGACAUGUUCAGAGUGGAUGUUGUCACAUUGCAAAAGAUGCUGCAUGUGACCCGGAUGACGGUGAAUCCAUUGUCCUUAAAUGCGGCAAGAUUGCAUCGAGAAACUUUGAAAAGAUUCAAUCUGCAGGGAACUAUUUCCCGUACAAAUGCUCUAGGUGUUUUGCUGGGAGCUAA